GCAAUUUUCCGUAAUUAAUUUUGUACAUUCAUUCAUCUGGGCUUACAACACAAUCCUAUAAAGUUCAAACCUACGCACAUUUCGUAAGAUAACAAAACAGCAGCGAAUUGCAAAGCUGAAGUUGGACACAAUAAUACGCGGAAACCAGCUGGACAAUUUAACCUCAGGGUCGAUUUUGUGCGUUUGCAAGUGUGUGUUACGUAAAGGGACUUCGUCUAGUGGCAGUGAGGUGUACCAGGACCGAUGACGAUGAAGCUGGAGGUCAGUGACAGUGUCUCCAACCAGUCGGACUACUCCUGCGACAGUCAGUCCUCUCAGGGGUCCUACAAUGACUCGCAGCCGGCCUCCACCACGGCCAGGCCCAACACACUCAUGUUGGCGAGCUUCGAGGGCCUAAACUCAGGGGUGCCCACACGCACCACGGCCACCAUCACGCCGACCCAGCUGCGCAGCCUGGAGCAGACGUACAUCGAGCUGAACAGCUGUCGCGAGCAGCAGCAGCACGCCGGAUUCGUGCCGCCCGCCGUCGCGCACGCCAACACGCAUUACGGCAUACUGAACCAAGUGGGGUACGGCGAUGCGGGCGGCGCGGGCCCGGCGGCGCUGCACGUGUCCCCGGGCCCCAUGUCCAGCGACAACAGCUGCAGCACCAGCCCCGGCCUGCCCACGCCCAAGCGCCGCAACAUGGGCGGCCGCAGACCCACCAAGACCCCGCACGACAUCUCACCAGAGGAGGAGGAACGGAGGAAAGUCAGGCGGGAAAGAAACAAGAUGGCGGCCGCGCGCUGUCGCAAGCGACGACUCGAUCAUACUAAUGAGCUACAAGACGAGACGGAUAAGCUGGAGAACACCAAACAGAGGCUUCAAGACGAGUUAAGGAAUCUACACGAUCAGCGAGAGAGGUUGCAAGCUAUACUACAGAACCACCUCGGCUGCUGCCCCCUGGCGGGCAAGCGCGCCGUCAGUCCGCCCGAUGUGAAGCCGUUUCAAGAGGAGUACCCGAUCCCCUACCCAGAGGACGGGGUGAGGGUGAAGGUGGAGGUGAUGGAGCCGGCAGGACCCGUGAUGAACGCAGACCCCGUGCUGGGACUCGAUAAUGAUAUUAUCUUCGCAUCGCCGACCCCGGACAAAAGAAUAAUGUUGUCGGCGGCCAACCCAGCCGUGGUGACGUCAUCGGGCGGGUCGCUCGACACCCCGCCUGCCCUCGCGCGGCCCAACAGACCCAACUUCCUGCACGUGCCGCUGCCGGUCAACCCCGCGCAGAUACACAACAGCAAGGCGCAGGGGGGGAACAAGAUCGCCGGCGUCGAGAUCUCUACCCCCAGCAACGGGAUCCCCUUCAACUUCGAGAGCCUCAUGGAGGGCGGCACCGGGCUCACGCCCGUGCACCCGCACCCGCACUGCGCCGCCCAGCAGCAGCGCUCCGCCCUCGAGGUCACCACCCCCGACGCGCACAACAACUCAAACCUGGUCAGUCUCUGAGACCUGCUCUGUCCUGAAAGGGACCCUCUGAUUGGCGCACGAUUCUCGUUCUCGGUGUAACGGUGCUAUUGGUCCACUCGGGACUCGAGUGUCGAAAUAUUUGACUACGGAAUGUAUGUUCUAUUGAUGUACUCUCUGUGCGUCUCUUCACUUUCGGAGGGCGCUUCUCUUUCUCUUUCUCUCGCAGCAACUUCGCUGUCUCUGUCUCACUUGCGAGAAUACUUUUAGGUAAUGUAACUUGCUCACUUCGUGCUUUGUAUUUAUUUAUGUUUCGUAGUCGUAUCGGCGCUAGCGCCAGCCUACAAAAGUCAAUUUGAUAACCGUGUUGUAGUUAAAAGAGAUAAUUUUUAUAUAUAUAAAUUUGUACUUCUGCUAAAGUUAAUAUAGAAAUUGUGAUUCGAAAAUAAAACGAAGUUUUAUUUGAAGCAUUUCAGGGAUAUAUUGUCGAGUUGUGCUUAAUUCUAGUUAGGCUAGAUCGGUGCGAUAUUGUAAGUGUAGUGAAUAUGUUGUGCUCUAUCGAAUAUUAAGUAUGGCGUUGAGUAUCUUCCUCAAGUUUCUUGUCAUAAUAAACCUCGUGCCAUUACUGUCUCAGGAUACACAAUAACUACGACAUAUUUAGUUAACCAUUAAACUAACAGCAAUAUUACUUAAAGUAUCUAAGUAUAAAGUUAAUAUAUCGAUUGUAAGUUAGCUCAAUGAGGUGGCGCCCCCUGGCGGCGCGGCUUGUGAACUAUUGUCUAAGAGAAUGUGUGAUACGUCCAGUCCAGUGAUUGUGUCGUCCGAUCUCGGACUUUUCAUGUAGAUGUAUAUCUACAUUUUACUUCGAAACCAUGGCCUUUGCCCAUAUUUUUUAUAUACUUACUUGUAGAAAA